CUUAAGAAGGUCGAUAUACGUUUUUCCUGAUGGCAUCAACACAUCCUCAAACAAACACUCCUCAUAUUCAUAACCAACGACGCCUAGCCGCAUCAUUACAUACUCAAUCAAUACUAUCAAUUAUCAUUCUACGAUCAACAUGAGCGCUGCCCAAGGAGGACCUGCCGGCGACCCAGUCGACAAUGACUACCAGUCGCGCACUGGUCAGAACGAGAUUCCAGUACAGAGAGACGAAGCGCCCAUCGAGAGCAGCGAGUACGACAACGCCGAGGUGGCCAACUCUGACGAGCAGCUCGUCCGUGAUGACAAGGAUGCCAUAGACGAGAACAACAUCAUCGAGGAACGAACUCGAGGAGCUACUAAGAAGGCUGGUUCCUAUGCUGAGCCUGGGGAUGAGGAGGGACUUGAGGCGGCUGAGUAG